CUUCCAAAUUCAACUAUGGCUACGAGCAAGACAAAUCCAUUGGAACCCUAUGAAAAAGGAGAUUUUAUUGGAAAAGGAGGUUCAGCACAAGUCUAUAAAGGGAUCAAUAAGAAGACUGGCGAAAUAGUUGCAAUUAAAUAGAGUUGUAUUGGAUGACCCAAACAAAAAGAUCAUCAAUGAGGAUGGGAAAGAAGGAGAUGAUAUUCAAACAAGUGUCCGUAAAGAGAUUAAUCUUCUCCAAGGACUAGACCAUCCUAACAUAGUGAAAUAUAUUGACAAUAUCUCCAGGAAGAAGAUCUUGUACAUCAUCCUUGAGUAUGUUGAGAACGGUUCCCUCCAAAAGAUCAGGAAGAAUAAAGGAGGAUUUACUGAAACAGAAGUUGCUCUUUAUACUGACCAAAUCCUGAAUGGUUUAAUCUAUCUUCAUUCCAAAAAUGUAGCUCACCGAGAUAUAAAGGGAGCCAACAUCUUGUUAUCAAAGGAUGGAAUUAUUUAAACUUGCUGAUUUUGGAGUAGCAACUCUGCUUACUGAUGCACGAAAGACCCAAACAUUCACUGGAACUUCUUUUUACAUGGCUCCAGAGGUAAUUAACACGACUGGGCAAGCAACAGAAAAGUGAGAUAUAUGGAGCCUGGGCUGCACCAUAGUAGAACUACUGACAGGAAAGCAUCCUCAUCAUAAAAAGAAUGAGUUUCAUGCCUUGAGGCUCAUUGCUGAAGAAGAGAUGCCAAUUCCAGAAGAACUAGGAGAGGAUGUAAAAGACUUCCUGGCUCACUGAUUUGAGAAAGAUCCAAUCAAGAGAAGCAGUGCAAUUGAGCUUUCCAAGCAUCCUUGGAUCACUCAAAACAAGAGAAAAGCAGAAAUGGCAAAGAACUAUCGCUCUCAAAUUGAGUUAGGAGAGUAUAAGAAGAAAGGUAUUGACAAGAAAAGGAUUACUAUGAAGAAAUUCCCCCGACUCAGUACCGAAGAGGUAGAAAAUUUGAGUAUCAAAAAUCUCCCUCAAAAUAGCUUUAUGGGUAGUAAAAAGAAACUCAGCCAAGAGCAGAUCGAAUUUUUAAGAAAAGAGCAGGAAAACCAAGCAAAAAUGGAAGAAUCUAAAUCUCGGCAUAAGAAGACUCCAGCUAUUCUAAAAUAACCCAUUGUUUGAUUCUCAAAAUGUGGCUCCAGAUCCACCUAGAAGACAAGAUUAUGGUCAAAAGAUACGGUAUCCAGGACAUGAAGGAAAUCCUAAUAAUAUUGAAAUGUAUAAUACAGGAAAUAUGGAAGAAAUAGUUAGCACUCCUAUGAAUCACCAAGAAAAUCAUAAUAGCAGAGGAGGAAUGCCAGCACAAGGACUUCCAACUGAUCUCAGACGAGAAAACCCUCUUAUAGGGUUCGCAGGAUCUAAUAAAGGAAGCAAUGGAUCUGGAGGGGUUCCUAAUACUCAAUCUCAGCAUCCUAAUAACACCUCGAAUCAAUCAGAAUUUGGGCACCCUUCAUAUAGGCAGAUUAAGCCUAAAACUGAAGACAGGAAUGCCUUAAGCCAAGAUUGAGGUGUUGAAAUGCAACAAAUGGAGCUAAACAAAGCCUCUUUUGGAGAAAGGAAAGGAUCUGCUAAUCCAAAUUUUCCAGAUUUUGCUUUGCCAAAUGAUAGUAGGAAUAGGAAUUUCAAGCAAAAGAUGGUGAGAUCUUGAGAAACUCAAGAAGACCAAAAUGCUGAGAGAAAUGAAUACAUGAAAAUGUGAAAGACUAAGAAUAAGAUUUAUUAUGAAAGAGGUUAUCAGUUAAAUCAGAGUAACCAGAUGACAGAUUUCCACUCAAUUGAUCAGCAACAGCAUUAUUCAGGAUCUUCCAGAGGAGCAAUGCAGAUAGAUAAAUCAAACUAUAGUUUGAGUCCUCACCACACAAAGGUUCCAUCAAAUAACUCAGGAUACAAUGCUGGAGAGGCUGAUUGGUUGAACAAAAACAUUAGCUACAACAAUUCCUCUCGAAAUGGACGAGGGCAUGCAAAGUUAGAAUUAUUCAACACUGAUCCAGCUAUUAUCCACCACGAAGGAAAUUCCCGAAAUAAAUAUACUAACAGAAUGAUUGCGAAUAAUUACAAUGAUCAAAGAAAUACGUAUGAUAUUGGACAACAAAUGUUCACAAAGACAUCAAAGCCAGGCAACAGUGAGCCAAAGCUAUUUUACAAAGCUCCUGAGCAUAUGAGUUCGAAAAACCUGAAACUCCACAAGAAGAAAUUCAUAAAGAAUUCACACAGAAUGUUACAUUCCUCAGAGACAGAAGAGAGAAAGAUGAAUAAGAAUUCUAACUAUGAUUCUCCUCAUAGUGGAAAUGGAGGAAUGACUAAUACAUCCCAAGAUCUCCACAACCAAAGGCAAAUAAAGUCUGACUACCAGAAAUAUGUGGAGCGCAACUAUAAAAGUGGUGGGAGUGGGAGCAAUAGCGGUGGAGGCCAAAGCAGAGAAAGCAUGGUUUAUAUGAAAAAGAAUCAUUUUUAUCCUCAUAAAGUUAAGCACAAUAUUAGUGAUAUGACUGAUCAAGAAAACAUUCAUUCUAUUCAUGAUGAUAAAAGUAGUAUGUUUUAUACAACCAAGGGCAAUACUACAAGUAUUAAUGUAAGCAGGAGACAUACUGGAAACAGAAACUCAAGAGAUCACCAUUUUCACAAUGUUGACACAAGGAAAAUGUCAGAAAUACAGAUGGAAGAAAUGAAACAGCCGAUAGGAAUAAUUAAUUAUGGUAUAAGAACUAAUAUUCAACACCAAAAGCAAAGAAUGGGAAGUGACAUAUCAACUCAUGAUACUCUGCAAAUACAUGAUUUGAUCCAAGUUAUGGAUAGUCUUGAAGACAUCACAUCCAGAAUCUCUUCCAACGGCAGCUCAUCUAAUCUAGCCAACUCUUCAAUCAGCUUGAGUGGACAGAACAAUCUCAAUGAACAAGAAACAAGCGAAAUAAUUACUCAUCUUGCCAAUCUGGAGCACAUUCUAGCUAAGUCUCCGAACAGAGAAAACCUUCGAUCUUACUUCGUAGAAAAUGAGGGACUCACUCUGAUUCUCAUGCUAUUCGACGAAGCCAGCUUUGAGAAUAACACAGUCACAUUGUACCUUCUCAAAGUCUGAAACGCUCUUGCUGAGUCUGAUGACGAUAGAAACUUCGCAAGACUCGAGCGAAUGUGAAUGGCUGGGUUCCUUCAGCACAUCAUCUCGUUCGGACUCGCAGACUUCUCUCCAGACAUCAGAAACGAAGUGUGUUACUUCAUGUGCAAAAUCCUCACUGCAAAGCGUCCCGAAGAUGAUGACGGCCCAAAAGAGAUAUUGGUCCAGAUGCUGGUUUCAUCAGGGUGAGUGCCCGCAUUUGCAGGCAACAUUUACUGCAACAAAGAUGAGCCCAAAGAUGUUGUCAUGAUCAGCCUUGACAUUUUCAACGAGUUCUUCAAGAGAGUCUCACUCAACAAAUACGACCUGGCCAUCAGCCUGAUCAGACAAGGCAUAUUCGAACGCAUUUCUGUGUUGUUCGACACAUUGCAUGGCAUAAAGAAAGGACCCUACUUGAAGUGCUUCAGUCAGGCUGUCGAACUCAUCAUGAAAAUCUCUUGAGUGAGUUCGGCCAGAGUCAAGACUCUGCUGUGAGACAGCAAAAUACUCGAGAACUUGCUGGGGUACCUGAAGAACGUUGCUAACCUCAACUCGGAUGCCACUCUCAACAUCUUCAAGACCAUUCUGAAUGCUUUCCAGCCCAAGAAGACAGCUGAAAAGCUGCUCAAAUAAAGG